CCUGACGCUGCGGGUUGCGGAGGACCAUGGCGCUGUGGGCUUGUUCAGUUUUUCCAGCCCUCAGGCUUUGGGGCCUGGAAGGUGCGCGGCCCUGGACCCGCCGGCCUCGUAUUGCAGGUGGAGGAAGGCCCAUAUGGUUUUCUGCCGGUGCCUCGAGUGUCUCUGGAAGUGGAGGCCACAGUCAGAAGUUUCUCCUGCAGGACAUUGCUGAGCUGAUUAAAACCAGAGCCUGCCAGAGGGUGGUGGUCAUGGUGGGGGCCGGCAUCAGCACACCCAGCGGCGUCCCAGACUUCAGAUCUCCAGGGACCGGCUACUACAGCAACCUCCAGCAGUACAAGAUCCCCUACCCCGAGGCCAUUUUUGAGCUCUCAUUUUUCUUUCACGAUCCCAAGCCAUUUUUCGCUUUUGCCAAGGAGCUGUACCCUGGGAACUAUAGGCCUAAUGCCACUCACUACUUCCUGCGACUGCUCCAUGACAAGGGGAUGCUUCUGAGGCUCUACACACAGAACAUCGACGGGCUUGAGAGAGCAUGUGGCAUCCCUGCCUCAAAGCUCGUUGAAGCUCAUGGAUCGUUUGCCUCUGCCACCUGCACCGUCUGCCGAAGAACCUUCCCAGGGGAGGACUUUUGGGCCGACGUGAGGGUGGACAGGGUCCCACGCUGCCCGGUCUGCACUGGCGUUGUGAAGCCCGACAUCGUAUUCUUUGGGGAGAUGCUGCCCCACAGGUUCCUGCUGCAUCUGGCUGACUUCCCCAUGGCGGACCUGCUGCUCAUCCUUGGGACCUCUCUGGAGGUGGAACCUUUCGCCAGCUUGUCUGAGGCCGUGCGGAGCUCGGUGCCCCGACUGCUCAUCAACCGGGACUUGGUGGGGUCCUUGGCUAGGCAUCCUCGGGGCAGGGAUGUGGUCCAGCUGGGGGACGUGGUUCACGGUGUGAAAAGGCUGGUGGAGCUUCUGGGCUGGACGGAGGAGAUGCGGGACCUCAUCCAGCGGGAAACUGGAAAGAGAUGAAGAAACUGAUGCUUCGUGCCUGCCGAGUGGCAGAGUGGAGACGAGGGUCCAGGCAGACAGGGCUGUCGUUCUGCAGUCGUCACACUUCAGCUGUCUUUGUGCCCUAAACUGAAGGAGCACUCCAGGAUAAGAUGUGGUUCUGAAGUUCUCUGAACCUGUGUGGGAUGAUGCUUUUAGGAGAUAAUCAGAGUGAGAGGAGUUGACGUAUCAUCUGCUGAGCAUAGAAAGUCAGAGAGCCUUGAUCUCUCUAGAUGUCAAACCUCCUAUAAACAAGCGAAGUUACAGAAAAUGCGGUUUCCCAUGAGAAUCAGCUAGCAUGUGUAGCCUUGAUGUGAGGGGUUAUUUUCUACAGGGGGCAGCAUUAAGCAUUUAAAGUCCAGUUGUCUCAAAGAGGAUUAUUUAUGACUACAGCCAGGUAUAACACUGCUGAAGGUGGACUUCACCAGAAUGCUGUAAUUUAUGUUCUUGCUGGCUUGGGAAACCUCUCACCCUUUGGCCGUGACUGCUUCAGGACUCAGGGCCAUGAGUCAGCCCUUUCCUCUCACCUCCACUGGCAAAAGCCCCCAGCCUCUGGCUACAGCCUGAUUUCUUACCAAUUUGAACCAAAGCAAGAAGAAUAUGAGGCUUUUUAAAGAUAUGACUUUGCAGUUAUAUUGUUUUCAUGAUAUUAGACAUCAUUGCCUUUCAAUCCAGAGUUUGGCUGUUAGGGGUAAGAUGUAGGACGGUGCCAUUUCUCAUCUCAUCAUAUGGGGGAAAUAAAGACCAUCAAAUGUUAAAGUCACAUUGCUGGGUCACUUAAUGGAAGCAGAGUCUGGCUAACACGGAUGCUUACACUUUACACCUCGAGAGGAACCGUAGCAGAUGCCUCGCUCACAGGCGAGUAGAGAUCUUGGUCAGAUCCGCCUGGCAGCUUACAUAGGAGCCUUGGGUGGCCGACUUCCUACUUCCAUUUAACAGCAAGACAAAGUCAAGCAUCCUCUAUAGACUUGUGGAAUUAUAGUCCUAUAGGAUUUGACCUGUGCUAUUUUCUAGUUCCACAGAAAUUUGUGUAAAGUUAACGAUUUUAGGGGUUGACUUAUUUUAAAAGAGUUGCUGUCCAAGAAUAAACACUAAGGGAUGAGCUGAAGUCUAAGUUGGAUUACUUCUCCAAACAGUGAAUGCACUUGGGUACAUCUCGACUGGUUACUUAAGCGAAGCCCUCCAUUUACCCACCCAGUUUUGCCCAGCCCUGCUGGCAUCGUCUUAACUUGGUUGAACAGCAGCAUUUGCAGACAGAAAAGCUUCCAUUUUAGGAAAUAAUUCCAGACCGAGAUGUGCCCAGGUAUGUUUUCAGAUAAUCAGUUUCCUCUCUCCUUUGU